GCCUAACCUGUGCUACAGAAGUGAAUAAAAAAAUACAUAAGAUACUCAAAGUCAAUAUCAUUUAUAUUCAAAUCCAGAAAAAGAACAUUCAAAUUAUUCAAAUCAUCAUUUGUAUUUAAUUCCUUAAAAAAAAAAAUUCAUAUUCACAAAAUAAUCUACUGCAAACUCAAAAGCGGAUUCACAAAAAAUAAAUUAAAUGUCCAUUAAUUAAAUUGGGUAAAUUAGGAACCCAGAUAGUCUGUUCUCUCCGUGAGGCGUGGGAGUGUGUGUGUGUAUGUGUGUGUGUGUGUGUGUGUGUGUGUGUGUGUGUGUGUGUGUGUAUGUGUGUAGGUGUGUGUGUAGUGUUUGCAGGGGGGUAAAUAGUUCCCAAGUCCUUUCACAAUCAGUCCAGUCCAGUUGGAUAUGAAAGAAGGGGCAAUGAUUAGUGUAGGUGUAUGGGUUGGGAGCUGGAAUGUUCCAGGAGCUGAGGAAACCAGAAGGGAAGGGGAAUGUGAGGAGAAAGGAAAAUGGAGGAAGCCAGGAGAGUCAAGGGAAGGAGACCAGACUUAGCUUUUGCCGACAAAAGAGAGCCACGGACAGCAGGUCCAACAGAGCCUCAGAUCCAACCUGCUUCAAGAACUUUCUUCUUUACCGCUGAUAAUUUGUCUUGUCUCAGUUUCUCCUUCAGUUUCCACAUUUACUUGAGUUCAUUCCUUUUCCGAUUAGGGUCUUGAAUGACUUCAAAAUAAUCUGCUCUUAGUUCUGAUCGUCUCCUUUCUUUUCCACUCUCACUUCACCCACGGAAUCUCCUUUUCCUCUGCCCUUUGUUCCCUUCAUACUCACAGGUGUUCCCUAAUGAAACCACUUCCCCCUCCUUCUCCUGCUCAGGUGGCCACAAUUAUUUGAGGUUUCCUCUCUUCUCUGCCACACCUCAAAGGGCAUUUUGGGAUUGCAUGUGUUCUCGUCACGUUCUACUUUUGUUCCUUUCAUGUGUGUUCUACCUACAGUCCAAGUGACUAUGAAUUGAUACAGCCUACGAGAGGGAUUUUCCUAAAUGAACCCGAGUGGAGCUUUCACGCGAUGACGUCAUCAGGAGGCGUCACCAUCAGAGGCAGGAGGAGAGAGGGAGCGAGGAGGGAGUGGUUGUGUCUCCAUCAGUGAGGAACAGUCGCAGGAGGCUUCACACAGAAGAAAGAGAAGUAGCGACGAGGUGCAGGAAGCUUGAAGGACUUCCUUCAGGGCCUAUGAGUGUGCGUGUGUGUCCUGGAGGGAAGCUGAUUGGAACCCAAGGAGGGCGGAGCCAUGAUGGGCAAGGACUACACGCUGGCCAUCAUCAUCGUCAACCGUGACGACAACAUCUGGACCGACCAGAACCUGCUGCUGGACCAGGACCUCCCCUCUGGCUGGAGAACCAUCAAAGAUUCCACAGGAACGUACUACUGGCACGUUCCCACCGGCGCCACGCAGUGGCAGCACCCCCGACUCAACGGGACGCCGCCCCAGCAGCCCCAGCAGCCCCAGCGGCCCCAGCGGCCCCAGCAGUCCCAGCCACUGAAAGACCACAGUGGACCACCCAACGUCAGCACAGAUGCUUACAGAGCACCUGGCACGCACAGGUCUUGGUGGUCAGAUGAUUCCUGUAGCCAUGACCACAACUCACAGUGUUUCUCUGUGCGCUCUGUGGGCUGGCUCCAGGUGGAGGAGGACGACUUGUCCCCGGGUCGCAGCAGCCUGGCGGUCAGUAACGUCAUCCAGCAGUUGUCUCACUGCGGCGGCCGGGAGCAGCACGGCAGGCGGGGGGGCGGGGGGGAGGGUGGAGACAUGAUGCUGGUUCUGAAGAGAGACACGCUGACCCUUCUGGAUGCUGGAGACCGCACCCCCCUGUACUGUCAGCCCAUCGGCAACAUUCGCGUCUGGGGGGUGGGCAGUAACAACGGCAGGGACAGAGACUUUGCCUUUGUUGCGGGGGACAAGGACAGCUGUGUGCUCAAAUGUCACGUUUUCCACUGCGAUGCCCCCGCCAAGGCCAUCGCCAUGGCACUGCAACGCAUGUGCUCCAAGGCCAUGUCGGACAAGAUGGCCACCAGGUCGCUCACCAUGGACAGCGUCUCGCCCGAGGACCUGCCGGCUCAAGUGGACUUUGUGGAGGCGGUGCGGCAGCAGGUGCAGAAGUUUGAAGUGCGAUACGUGGGGAACCUGCCCGUGUCUCGUGCCAUGGGCAUGGAGGUUCUCAACAGCGCCAUCGAGAGCAUCAUGAACGCCACUGACCGCGAGCAGUGGGAGUCCGCCGUCAUCCACGUGACCGACAACUUCCUGUCUGUCUUCAAGGAAGGGGAGGAGCCAGUCUGGGAGUGUCAGGUGCGCUUCCUCAGCUUCCUGGGCGUGGGCCACGACAGUCACACCUUCGCCGUGAUCGUGGACGGCGGCACUCAGCGUUUUGAGUGUCACGUGUUCUGGUGCGAGCCGGACGCGGGUCUCCUGUCGGAGGCGGUCCAGGCGGCGUGCAUGGUUCAGUAUCACAAGUGUUUGGUGGCACAGACUCCGCCCCCCAGGACCAGAAUGUGGCACGCAAGCCCGUCCAAGGUGAAACGGGCCAACUCGGUGGACAGCACCCCCUUCCCGCCCCUUGCGGCACGUCUCCACAACAAGGGCGGCGGUGGCGGCAUGAGGAGGAGCAUGAUGGCCUUUCUGGACUCCUUGCGUAACAAACAAGCCGCUGCAUCCUAAUGACGGGCUGGGGGGGGGGGGUGGGGGUCAUCGGAGCAGACCGCCACCCGAGGCUCCUCCUACUUCCAUCCCUUCAGAACCAGCCGGUGCUGCACCAGCUUGUGACCUCAGCACGUCACGCGGUCACGUGAUCCAUUUCUGCUGCACGUCAUGGAUGGACGUCUACCAUCAAUAAAUGAUACUCGCUACUUCUAAGGCUCCGACCUUUGGAUCCUCACAAGAUACCACAAGUACCACUACUCUACGUACACCUAGAAACAGUACAUGGAGAAAUACUACACACCUACAUGCAUAGAUACAUGUAUAAAUACUACACACCUAGAUGUAUAGAUACAGGAAUAUAGACAGUACAUGUAUAGAUACUACACACCUAGAUGUAUAGAUACAGGAAUAUAGACAGUACAUGUAUAGAUACUACACACCUAGAUGUAUAGAUACAGGAAUAUAGACAGUACAUGUAUAGAUACU